UCCUACCACUUUCGUCCCUUCAUCUAAGCUUUCUUCUAUCAUGACUUCUUUGAGUACUUCCAAUGUUGUUCUGUUUCUUGUUGUCUUGGUCUCUUCGCUACAUUUCAGCGUAGAAGCAAGGAGGCUCGUUGCGUCGGACCAAACCGAGCAGCCUUUGCUUUUCCAAUACCACAACGGCCCUCUUCUAUACGGAAAAAUCUCUGUUAAUCUCAUUUGGUAUGGCAAGUUCAAGCCUUCCCAACGUGCGAUUGUCUCCGAUUUCGUCGCUUCCGUUGCAUCUUCCAAGCCUACAAUAGCUCAACCCUCGGUUGCUACAUGGUGGAAAACCACGGAAAAGUACUUUCAGCUCAGCAAGAAACCUUCUUCUCUUGCGCUCUCGUUGGGUUCACAAAUCCUCGACGAGAACUACUCUUUGGGAAAGUCACUCACGAAUCGACAAAUCGUGGAUUUGGCAUCGAAGGGUGCUCAGAAGAACGCCAUUAACGUUGUCUUGACAUCAGCCGACGUGGCUGUUGAUGGGUUCUGCUCUAGCAGGUGCGGAAACCAUGGUUCAGCUUCGGGUAGCUCAAGCAAUGGUCACAGUAAGUUCGCUUACAUUUGGGUCGGUAACUCAGAGACACAGUGCCCAGGUCAAUGCGCUUGGCCAUUCCAUCAGCCCAUCUACGGCCCGCAGAACCCACCUUUGGUUGCACCCAACAACGAUGUUGGUCUUGAUGGGAUGGUGAUCAAUCUAGCUAGCCUCUUGGCUGGGACUGUGACUAACCCUUUCGGAAAUGGGUACUACCAGGGUCCAAAAGAGGCACAGCUGGAGGCUGCAUCAGCUUGUCCCGGGAUUUAUGGUAAAGGGGCUUAUCCAGGCUAUGCCGGAGACCUUCCGGUGGACGCAACAACUGGUGCUAGCUACAAUGCACAUGGUGUCAACGGGAGAAAGUACCUGCUUCCUGCUAUGUUUGACCCUUCGACCUCCACUUGUGCUGCUCUGACUUAAAAGUUCAAACAAAGAUUAUAAGACAUGAGAGCAUGGCAGUGUACAAAAUAUAUUUUAGGCAAUAUAGUUUUGUAAGAGAUUCUUUUAUUGUAUUGUCA